AUGGCGUCGGUGGCCGCGUGGCUGCCCUUCGCCCGGGCGGCCGCGAUCGGGUGGGUGCCGAUCGCCACCCACCCGCUGCCGCCCCCGCCGAUUCCCAAGGACCGGCGGAAGGCCGACGACGAGAAGCUCCUGAUCAACGUGAGCGGCCGCCGGUUCGAGACCUGGAGGAACACCCUCGAGAAGUACCCCGACACGCUGCUCGGCUCGAACGAGCGCGAGUUCUUCUACGACGAGGAGAGCAAGGAGUACUUCUUCGACCGCGACCCCGACAUUUUCCGGCACAUCCUCAACUACUACCGGACGGGGAAGCUGCACUACCCGAAGCACGAGUGCCUGACGAGCUACGACGAGGAGCUCGCCUUCUUCGGGAUCCUGCCCGACGUGAUCGGCGACUGCUGCUACGAGGACUACCGGGACCGGAAGCGCGAGAACGCCGAGCGGCUCAUGGACGACAAGCUCAGCGAGAACGGCGACCAGAACCUCCAGCAGCUGACCGACAUCCGGCAGAAGAUGUGGCGGGCCUUCCAGAACCCCCACAUCUCCACGGCCGCCUUGGUCUUCUACUACGUCACGGGCUUCUUCAUCGCCGUCAGCGUCCUGGCCAACGUCGUCGAGACGGUGCCCUGCGGGAACCGGCCCGGCCGAGCCGGCACCCUCUCCUGCGGGGAGCGCUACAAGAUCGUCUUCUUCUGCCUGGACACGGCCUGCGUCAUGAUCUUCACCGCCGAGUACCUCCUCAGGCUCUUCGCCGCCCCCAGCCGGUGCAAGUUCGCCCGCUCGGUCAUGUCCAUCAUCGACGUCGUCGCCAUCCUGCCCUACUACAUCGGCCUGGGCAUCACCGACAACGACGACGUCUCCGGCGCCUUCGUCACCCUCCGGGUCUUCCGGGUCUUCCGGAUCUUCAAGUUCUCCCGGCACUCCCAGGGCCUCCGCAUCCUGGGCUACACGCUCAAGUCCUGCGCCUCGGAGCUCGGCUUCCUCGUCUUCUCCCUGGCCAUGGCCAUCAUCAUCUUCGCCACCGUCAUGUUCUACGCCGAGAAGAACGUCGACGGGACCAACUUCACCUCCAUCCCCGCCGCCUUCUGGUACACCAUCGUCACCAUGACGACUCUCGGAUAUGGUGACAUGGUACCGGAAACAAUUGCCGGAAAGGUCGUGGGUGGUGUGUGCUCGUUGAGCGGAGUACUGGUAAUCGCUUUACCAGUGCCCGUUAUCGUCAGCAACUUCAGUCGGAUUUAUCAUCAAAAUCAACGGGCGGAUAAGAGGAAAGCGCAGAGGAAAGCAAGGCUGGCUCGCAUCAGGAUCGCAAAGGCGUCGAGUGGUGCGGCUUUCGUCAGCAAGAAGAAGGCCGCCGAGGCGAGAUUGGCGGCUCAGGAAACUGGACUUCAGCUCGACGAGAACUACAAGGAGGAGGACAUCUUCGAGCUGCAGCACCAUCAUCUUCUCCGGUGUCUGGAGAAGACGACGGACCGAGAGUUCGUGGAGAUGGAGGUGCCCUACAACGGAGCUCCGAAGAGGCCCGGGUCGCCGUCGCCGUUGACGUCGCCGGCCCACAGCACCGCCUCGAGGGGUGGUCUGCUGCACUCCUGUUGCGGCCGGUGUUACCCCCAGCGAUACCAGAGCUUGUCCUACCAGCUGACCUCGCACGAGAAUAAGGACAGAGUGGUGCUCGUAUACGGCGACCGUAUACAAGUAAGGAAAAAGGACCUAACGAAGCGCGGUUCCCACACCUGCGAUAUGCAGGCCCUACAGCCACUUCCGGUCCCCACCACCACCACCACAACCACCACCACGCCUGCCAUGACUUCCGGUGGCCAGCCACCGCUUCCGGUUCCGGAGACCGCUUGAGCCGAAUCUGUCCACCAAUCCAACACUGACCACCCACCGUCUCCUCUUCUUCUACUCGUUCGAAAAGGCGCCAAGGCCGAAAGCCCUUACCAAUGGAGCGACGUCGAGAGAAAUGCAAGGAAUUCCGUUCGUUGCAGUAAAAACGAGUGAGAAGGCACCCAGUGCCAAGAAAGGAAUCGCCCGAGGGUGCUAACUCGUCUCCUGGGAGAUUUCCCUGGGUCCAGGGCGACCGGAAGAGGAGACUAGGGACCCUAGGCCGGAAGACAGGAGAACACCCGAAGACGCAGGUGCGGAGGACAUCCUCGAGAGCUCUUCGAGAUACGCCUCGGUUCGAGGAGUCGUUUCCUUAAGGAGGAUUUUGGGAAGGAUGCAGUUAGCUCGAAGUUACUAUCGUUAGCCUGCCUUUUAGUACGCAGCGACUUAAGUUCCCUCUUGGCGAGCAACGUGACGACCAUCACCGUCUCGAGUUUUGUCCACAUUAAGGGUGAAUUUGAGGGAGAUCGAAGAAAAGCCGUCCAGUCGUCGAAAACACUGACGUAAAACCCGCUGCAUGGUCCCAAGUAUCGUGAACCUCCCUGAGGAUUACGCGACACGAAGUAAUGCUUCUUAUCAGGAGGGAAAACGGAGUUAAACGGUUCACAAUCGACUGCCGCGAAUGCGUAACACUUUAAACGGUCGUACACCUCCUUGGCGGGGAACGACCGGAACUACGUGAAUUAUCAAGAAAUAAAUUUAAUUAACGCGCAGUGACGUUACGAGCUACAUAGACGACCCAUACGCACGCUACGCGUUCUCCUGCCAUAGCUCGGGUCGACUUGGAUUAUUUUCUCUGCGGACCUUUUCGAUCUUUUAAGCAAAAAAAAAAACGAGACCCCCGGAAUUAUUGCGAUCGAAAGUGCCGAUCAAUCCCGAGCUUCUUAUUCCAAGGAAAGCUUCAUUUUCCGCGUAAUGAAUGUGGUGGAAGUGCGCUUAGAGAACGUAACGAGCUGCGCUGUAAAUGCAUUUUCACGAAAUUCAUCGACUCCAUUUGUCACGUUGCAAUCGAUUUGCUCGGUACGUUCCUUACGUUUGCAUAGACGAGAACGCAAUGCCAUAGGUGAGAUUACACGGACAUUGAAUUUCCUAUCGAUUUCACCCUCCUCGGCGAUAGCGUCGUCCGCGUCACUCGUUGCGGGGGGCGCUUAAGUAAGUUUAUAAAUAUAUUAAAUAUAUAUAUAAAUAUAUACAUACAUCAAUAUUUAAUUUAAGUAAGAUGCCCUCGUUCUUUCAAUACUUCGCGAUCGGCUCGAGCGCCCCGUCGAGCGAUCGCGAGAUCAAUCGAGCGCGUUCGAUCGCGCACCAUUCUGAUCCCCGAGAUCUGUCCAUGCGUUAGAUCGAGCGUGCGAACCUUGUAAAUAGACAAAGAGAGAAUGCGUAGAUGCGUGUGUCGUGUGCGCGAGAUGGAAAAAGGAUCCGGAGAGAUUGAAACGGCUCGGCGAAACGUUCGGGCAGGGAACCUCAAGCCCGGGACGCAACGUCUUAAUAUUAAGCAAACCCUGGAUUUACCGGAGAGACUUUCGCGGCAGUAGCGACCCUUCAAAUGUAUGCUCGGAUUGUGUGCCAACCGCUCAAGAGUUGGCUGAAAUAAUUAGACGUUGCUUUCCCAGACUUUGCGUACGAAAUGGACCGCCGACCUCGGCGGUCUUUCGGCUGACUCGCUCUACUGGGGUCCUGGUACACGUCGAGUCCGAUUGCCUCCACCUUUCUCUCUCCUGUUUGAUCAGUGGUGGGACAAAAUCGAGAAAGUGGAGGUGCGAGUCGGUGAAUGAGAAAAACUACCGAUAGAUAGUUAAGACUACCGUGAAGAUCAAUCGACCGAUCGGCUAAGUGGAAGCUUCGGAAUUUUCAACAUUGAACAUUAAAAGUGUGGAUAAUUCCUGGGGUGCGAGGAACCGGGUAGAACGUCUUUACCAGUGGAAAUGUUUAUUGCGGACGGUCCCAAAGAUUGGGGGAAAAAAAAAGAACUUGUACUAUUUUUUCCCUCCGUGCAGUCCCGACGGUAAAUAUCGGAACGUAGCUCCGACGUAGUAAUUUAUCAGAACACGGAUUGCAAAGGCAGGACGCGGACGUCGCGACGUUGAUUUUGUGCCCCGUGUCCAACCUGUUGCGUUUCGCGGGAGAUUUAGGCUCCGAAUAGGAUUCCGGACACCCGGAAUUCAGGAAUUUCGGAAUUUCAACGGCUAGCUCCGAGAUGGUGUCCUAGGAAUCUGUCGCCUUCCUACCGGAAUUCCUUCGAUUCUUGGCGAUCGACGAGGCUCGAGCGAUCACCGUCACGUGACGUUAAUUUCUACCCAAAUCUGACCGCUCAUGGGCAUCGGGGAAUUACUUUUUUCAAACCGGGUUAAAUUCUCAAUAAAAUCUCUCGGAUAAUAAAACGGGCAUUUCGUUGUUGUCUAUGAACGUUCCUUCGUUGCCCUGGAUCUUCAGAAGUCGAUUCCGGCAACUCGGAUGUCUAUUAAUAAAUGUGCGUUUAAUCACCCAUUCUAUUAGUUUAAGAGAUUACGCUUUCCCUCAUUUUUAUGAACAUUUUCAGUUAAGCUUUAAGAGUCUAAACUUGUACGCCGUAUGACUGGUAGUUUUGAAAGGUCGAACGUUUCCUCGGUGAAUGGUUUACCUCGUAGGGGAUAUAUUUUUAACGGAUGUUUGUUACUUUAUUUUUAGUUCAGUUCACCUCUUGCAAAAACCGUUCACACACUUCUUAUUCUACGUCGUGUUCCUUUUGAAUGUACGCGGAAAUUCAAGAAAUUCUAACCAUGUUUCCAAGUGCUUUGAAAGUGUAUGUCUUCUAAAAUAAAGUGAAGUGUGCACCUUAAAUUUUAAUGUUUCCUCUGACAUCUCUAAUAUUGACAUUAACAAAUAUUAAAUACAUUUCCAAUUUGCUUCUCUCUUUUGACCCCAUUUCAACUGAAUUUCGAUGGACCAUCUUUCUAAUUAUUUACAAACGCGUCAUCAAUUUACAUUCAUCAUUUAACUGGAAAUUACUUUUAUUGAUUUAUUUAACAGAAGGUUAAUUACUCUAAAAAAAAAAAAUGUUCGAGUUUCACGGGAUGAAUUCUAAUCUGCUACCUUUUACAGCGUGACUGGAAAAUCGUGACAAAUACUUCUUUCUCAUAUUUGUAUAAAAGGAAAAGAAAGAACCUAAGCCCGAGUUACUUACUUAAGGUUUACGAACGCGCCAGCUAAAAGCGAAAACAAAAAUAGAAAAAGUGAAUAGAAUGAAAAAUCGAUAAAAAAAAAAAGGGAGUCGAUUCGGUGUUAAAUCGAAAUAAAUUGAUGCUAUUUAAUCAAUCCGUAAUCCAGUCUGUGAAAUCGAUGUCGUUACAGUAGUCGACGAGUAGAAAGCCUCGUCGAGGAUAGCUAGAGAAUUUUGAAAAUUGCAAAGAAAAUAUUCGUGUCCUCGAGCCUCACACGAAAUGAGAAAAUGUGCGCAACUGUAAGACAAAGUCUUUCAAUUCUACUACCGCCAUACUGCCAUUCUUUCUCGCAUGUGCAAUAUAAGUGUUUUAGCUGAUACGGAAGAAUAACUAAGGCACGAUAAGAAGAAGAAAAAAAAUCGAAACAGAGGAAUUAUUCAAUCGACACUACCUUCGGAAACUCAACUACUCCUGAAUUAAAGCAAACGACUGAUAAGGGUUGAAUUAAGAAUUUCUUAAACCGUUGAAAUAACUUUUUAAUCGUUAUCAAGCUCGGUCGUAGCACGAUCGUCGCUAAUUAACGCAAUUUAAUAUCGACUUUUUUACAGUGUACCAAAAACGGUGCAAUUUCAAACGGUACACCUUAAAGUGGUUACACAUCAUUCUAUAGGAUGUAAAGAGGGGCAUUGGACAGAGUUGUUGAAAUCGCCACAUUGAAUGCCAAG